UCAGUUUUUGACCCUCAAACAGUGAACAGCAGAAUGAAUUGGUCACUGUAUUUUAUUUUUAAAUUUACAGUCAGCUACUAAGUAAAAGUUGCAAAUUCAAACCAAACAGUUAAUAAUUAUUUUCUUGACAUCAACAUCUCCAAUUUGGAUCUGCAAAGUUAUAUCUUACUGAUUUUUGAAUAUAAUUCAUGAAUCUCGAACAAUCUAUUGCUGAUUAUCGGAUUUUCAAAGUGGUUUUAAGUGCAGUGCAAUUAUUUACAUAUAAUAUAUUUAUGGACUCGAAGUUAAGGGUGCCAUUUCAAAAUCGCAAUAUAUUUUGCAUUUCCCUAAACAUUCAGCAAGAAAUAGAGAUUGAUGGAAUAUAAAAAAGUAUCUGAAGAAAAUUGUCUUUCAGCAUUGGAUUUAAAAACUCAUUUUCAAGAUCAUUAUCACAGAGUUUCUUGUAUGUUGAUGUAAAAUGAAAAGAAAAUUGGAGUAAAAUCAAUAGGGUGAAUUAACGUGAAUGAAUGUCUUUUAUACACACCAAAAGAUUUAUUUCAAUUUUAACUAUCUUGACUAUUUGUGCUAUAUUAUUUUAAUUAUUGACUAAUUUAACUGUAAGGCAAACAGCAUUGCUGAACAUUUUUGAAAACUUAUUGUUGAACAAUAUUAAGAAAAUUUGAAUAAUUCAUCAGUGUUCAUAACAUCACAGUCACACCAGUUGUCAAAAUGGAAAUUUGUAAAGUUAAAACUGAAAUUUGUGAGCCUGAGUUUGUUGCAGUAAAAAUGGAAUAUGACAUGGACGGCUAUAAUGAAAAUGAAACUGAUUGUUUGAAUAACGAUAGCCUUCAAAGUGCAGAUGAACAUUUAAGAAAUGAGAUAAAUGUAAUUGAUUCAUUAGCAAUUGAUGAACCACAACAACAAGUUCAUGGAAAAAGUUUGGUACAAUGUGAUCAAUGUAACAAACUAUUUGAUAGAAAAUAUAACUUAAGGCGACAUGUUACCCAGGUUCAUGAAGCUAAAAAAGUAGAUGUAAGAGUGAUAACUGAGAAUAACAUGAUUAAUUUUAUAAUAAUUAAAGAACCUCAACAUAAAAUUGAUGAAAAAAGAGUAGUUCAGUGCGAUCAGUGUAACAAACUAUUUAAAAAUAAAUCUUGCUUAAGGCGUCAUGUCAGAGAAGUUCAUAAAAGUAAAAAAUUAGUUAAAAGUAUAAUAACAGAUAAUGCGAUUAAUUCUACAAUUAUUAAUGAUACACUACGUAUAGCUCCUAAAAGAACUGUGUUACAAUGCAAUCAAUGUAACAAGUUAUUUGAUAGAAACUAUAAUUUAAGACGACAUAUUGCUAUGGUUCAUAAGAGUAAUGAACAAGAUGAAAGCAUAAUAACUAAGGAAGCAGAUGGAAGUAUAAUUACUGAAGAUAAUGCAAUGAAUUCUAUAUCACUUAAUGAAUCACAAGAUAAUUUUGCCGAACAAAGUGUGUUACAAUGUGAUCAAUGUAACAAACUGUUUAAUAGAUCCUAUAAUUUGAAGCGUCAUAUGCAGGUUCAUGAAGCUAAAAAAGUGGAUGAAAGUAUAAUAACUAAAGAUAAUGUAAUCAAGUCUAUAACAAUUAAUGAGACUCAAGAUAAAGUUGAUAAAGUAAGUGCAUUACAAUGCAAUCAGUGUAACAAACUAUUUAAAAGCAACAGCAGCUUAAGGAGACAUGUCACAGAGGUUCAUAAGAAUAAAAAACAAAAUGAAGGUAUAACUGAGAAAGCAGAUGAAAGUAUCAUAACUGAAGAUAAUGCAAUUAAUUCUAUAAGAAGCAUAGAAGAGCAAAACGAAGUGGAUGAAAAAAGCUUGUUUGAGUGCAAUCAAUGUAACAAACUUUUUCAAAACAACUAUAGAUUAAAGCGACAUGUCACCCGGGUUCAUGAGAGAAAAAAAGUGGAAUGUGAAGUUUGUCAUGAGUUUUUUGCAAAAAAGUCAAAUCUAUUAGUUCAUUAUGAUUCAGUUCAUCCUGGUUUUAUGACACACUCCUGCAAUGAAUGUUCAAAGACAUUUGAUAAGAGAAAAAACUUGUUGAGGCAUAUUAGAAGUGUUCAUCGAAAUACUGUUUUUGAAUGUGCUAUAUGUCAAAAAACCUUUACAAAUAAAACAUACUUACGAUUACACAUUACUGGUACACAUGAACAAGUUAAGGGUGUUGAGUGUGAUACAUGUAAAAAAACAUUCAGACAUAAGACUUACUUAAGAAUCCAUAUUGAUGCAGUUCAUAAACGUCUCAGAAAUUUUGAGUGUCCUAUUUGUCAUAAAGUUUAUGGUUUUGAAGGUUACCUUAAAAAGCACAUCAAAGGCAUUCAUGGAACUAUAAUUAAAAAUCAUGAGUGUGAAAUAUGUAAAAAAAAGUUUAGUCAUAAAAGCAACUUAACGAAACAUGUUGAUAGAUCUCAUAAAAACAUUCGUGCCUUUGAAUGUGAAAUUUGCCAUGCGACUUUUAAACAAAAAGCUCACAAGCUUGUACAUAUUGAUACUGUGCACGAGCAAAAGAAAAACUUUUUUUGCGAGUAUUGUGGCAAAAAUUUUGGACGAAAAGAUAAUAUGCUUAUGCACGUUAAAAUUGUUCAUUUGAAACUUAAAAAACAUGAGUGUCAAAUAUGUAAAAAGACAUUUAGAGAUAGACAUUAUUUAACUAAGCACAUGAACACAGUGCAUAAAGACAUUGUGAAAGACAUAACUAUUGAUUUUAGAAAUAAUGAAAAAGAAAAUACUGCUGAUAUUAGUUAAAAUUAUUAUAUU